AUGGCAGCGGCGCUCGCGUCAGCGUCAGGAACACUCGCUUUCGCCCCAGCCUUGCCGUCUGCAACCGUCUCAAGAAAUGCGCAGACAAGCGCUUGCAGCCUGAAGAUGGGUUUGUUCGACGGGUUGUUCGGUGGAGGAAACAAGAACGAACCUCCCCCAUCCCAGGCUGCUGUGCCUUCGGAGAGGCUCGCGCCGAUCAAGGGGAAGACCAUCGUUACUUUCAUGCCUAGCAACCAGCAGGUCUACGCUCGUCCAGGCGAGCGCCUUGGAGAUGUCGCGCAGAGAGCUGGCAUCAACGUUCCGUAUGGCUGCCGUGAGGGCGUCUGCGGCACUUGCGAGGCAAAGAUGCGUCAGCCCACCGGACAGAUCAACGAAGUUCGCGUCUGCAGAGAUAUCGUGCCCAAGACGAACUUGGACUCUCCUGAUCGGGAGAAGAUGUGGGGAGAUCUCCGUGGAGGAAAGAAGUCAGUCAGUGAACUCCGUGGAACUCCGGAGGAGAUUACCGUCACCUUGCAGAAUCCAAAUCUUGCUUUGAAAAGGCAGCAGUCCUGGGAGCAGAUCAAGGAUCAGGCAAAGCAGAAGACCAAGGAUUGGCUUGAUCCUAACUACCAGGCUCCAAGCAAGCGCAACGAAAACGCGGUCACCAUGGCAUUCAUGCGUGCAUGGUCGCAAUCGAGCUGCUUCAAGAUUUCAAUGAGAUCCUUCAAAACUCCUCUGUACGGCUGGUUGGAACGCAACCAUGGCAUUGACAAAGAUUUGAGUGGAAGUUCGGAGCAGGCCUCGAAAGCUCGCGAUGAUCCUGAACAAUCGCAGUAUCAGAAAAAAACGCAGCUUGAGCAUGUUCUCCUCAGGCCUGACGUGUACGUCGGGUCCAUGGAGCAAGUUACGAAGCAGAUGUUGGUGUAUGAUGUCAAAUCGAGCUCGGUGCGACUCCGAUCCAUCUCUUACAUCCCUGGCUUGUUGAAAAUCUUCGACGAGAUCCUGGUCAAUGCGGCGGAUAACAAGCAAAGGGACGUAGCGACCAAGCAGAUCAAAGUCAAGUUUGACAAGAAGAAUGCAACCGUGCAAGUCUACAACGACGGAAAAGGGAUUCCUGUGUGCCGGCAUGCAAAGUAUGAUGACGUGUAUAUCCCCGAGCUGGUGAUGGGAAACUUGCUGGCAGGAUCAAACUUUGACGAUACCAAGACUCGCCUUGCAGGGGGCAGACACGGCUACGGGGCUAAGCUCACCAAUAUCUUCAGCUCCGUCUUCACUAUCGAGACUGUCGAUUCUUCUCGGGCUCUCCUGUACAGACAGACUUGGCGAAACAACAUGACAACCUGCGAACCUCCGACAAUAGAAAAGUUGACAGGAAAGGCGGAGGAUUAUACCAAAGUGACUUUCACGAUUGAUCUGAAAAGAUUCGGGAAGAAGUCUUUGGACGAUGACACGAUAGCUUUGUGGGCAAGAAGGGUGGUGGAUGUUGCUGGCUGCAACAAUGGCUUGAAGUGCUGGAUCAACGGCACCUUGGUCAAGGUUCGAAGUUUCCAAGACCUCAUGCUCCUUUACCGCUCUGCGCUCACGCAGGAGAAAGGAGCAGAAGGCGCAAAGGCAGUAGAGGUGAUUGAGGAUAAUUCGGGGAGGUGGAAGGUCGCAGUCGGGAGUGCGGUCAAUAACUCGUCCAGCGAGCUUUCGAUGAGCUUUGUGAACAGCGUGUGGACUUCAAGAGGCGGUACCCACCUGAAGCACGUACAGGAUCUCUUCAUAAAAUAUGUCGCAACGGUCCUCAACAAUAAGUACAAGGACCUUGACGUCAACGAAAGGACGAUCAGGAACAACAUGUGGAUCGGUGUUGCCGCUCUUAUUGAGAACCCCUCGUUCGACACGCAAGGCAAGGAGCUGCUCGUCACCCCCACAGAGAAGUUUGGAUCGGAGUUCAAAGUCUCCAGGAAAAAGAUGGAGGAAGUCGUUCAAAAGACGGAGAUCGUUGAAAGAAUCGUGUUGGAAGGAAAGCUAGUGAAGGACUUGGACAAGAGCUCAAAGACGAUGGGAGCUUGGUCGCAAAAGCGCCUCCUUCUACCGAAGCUCGAAGAUGCAAACUGGGCAGGGACAGCCAAGUCAAGGGAAUGCACUCUCAUUCUGACUGAGGGAGACAGCGCAAAGGUUGUGGAUAUGGUCAGCGGGCUUUCGGUGUUGGGCAGAGACAGAUACGGUGUGUUUCCUCUCAAAGGAAAGCUGAUCAACGUUCGUGAAGCAACUAACUUACAAGUGAAGAACAACACUGAGCUUGCAGCUAUCAAGGCUAUCCUCGGACUUCAGAACUCGGCGACUUACGACUUGGACAAGAAGGAGAGCUCUGCGUUUCCGCUCAGAUACGGCAAAGUCAUGUUAAUGACGGACCAAGACCAUGACGGGUCUCACAUCAAGGGGUUGUUCAUCAACAUGAUACAUGCGUACUGGCCUGAGCUGCUGAGAUCCAACCAGUUCUUGUUCGAGUUCGUGACUCCGAUCGUCAAGGUUUACACGGGAAGCCAAGAUUUGAGAAAGACCAACAAAGCUUACAAGACCUUCUUCACUCAGAUUGAAUUCAAGCAGUGGUGGGACUCGUUGCAGGACAAAGAUAGGAAUAAGUUUCACAUUAAGUACUACAAAGGUUUGGGAACAAACACGGCGCAAGAAGGGAAGGAAUAUUUCAGCAACCUGGAAUCACAUCGAUUGAGCUUUGUGUACGAUGGAAAGCAAGACGACAACUCAAUCACCUUGGCGUUCUCCAAGGAUGCGGACGAGAGGAAGAAAUGGAUUCAAGAUCAUGCAGACAGCGUUGUUAAGGACUUCAUCGACCACAGCAAAGACAAACUCUCAUUCACAGAUUUUGUAUACAAAGAACUUGUCCAGUACAGCUACGCCAGCUUGCAACGGGCCAUUCCUUCGCUCAUCGACGGAUGCAAACCCUCUCAACGCAAGAUCUUGUACGCUUGCUUCAAGCGCAAGUUGAACAAGGAGAUCAAGUCUGAGGAUGGAUUGGAGAUUGAGCCGAGAUAUUACAUCCCGAUCAUCCCGAUGACGCUGGUCAACGGAGCUCAGGGGAUCGGGACGGGGUGGUCCACCUCAAUUCCCUCCUACAACCCGUUCGAGAUCAUCACCAUCCUGCGCUCGAUGAUCCGCGAGUCGAAGGGGGGCGGGGGAGGGCAGGAGAGCUUGAGGAAGAGCAGGGAACUAGUACCAUGGUACGCCGGGUUCAAGGGGACAAUCCAGAAGCACAAAGACGGGGAGAGGUUCACCUGCUCCGGCUGUUUUGAGGUGGAGGACACGAAUCCGCUGCGGAUCCGGGUGACGGAGCUCCCCAUCGGGAUGUGGACGGAAGACUUCCAGGACCACCUCAACCGGCUCUCGGACAAGACGGAGGACAGAGCUGCGAUGAUCUCCUCCUACACCACCAACAACUCGGAGGCAGUCAUCGACACGACGAUCACGUUCACGGAGGAUGCAGAGAAGAAGCUGAUGGAGAGUGGGAAGCUGAACAAGCAGGAGCUGAUGAAGGUGCUCAAAUUGAUCAAUCCCAUCAGCCUCGGCAACAUGGUCCUGUUCGCUGCUGACGGCAAGAUCAAGCAAUACUACAACCCUCUUGAUAUCCUCGCCGAUUACUUUCCCGAGAGGAUGAGGCUGUAUGAACGCAGGAAGCAGAUGCAGGAAGCUCGUCUUGCUGCUCAGGCCAUGCGCUUUACCAAUCAGUAUCGCUUUCUCGGAGCGGUGGCCAGCGGGGAAUUCAAGUUCGAGGGCAAGUCGAAGGAUGAGCUUGAAAAGGAGCUGAAGGAAAAAGGGUUCAACACACAGGAAGAAAUUGAGAAGGUCUUCACUGAGAAGAAGCAUGUUGCAGCGCCCAAGUCAGAAGGAGCCUCGCUCGAGUAUGUGGCGGAGGAGGAAGAGGAAGAGGAGUUAAAGGAGAGCAACAAUGGGUUCGCAUAUCUGCUGCAGAUGCCAAUGUGGAGCGCAACGAGAGAGCGGAGGGAGAAGCUGAAGAAGCAGGUGGAUCAGGUAGAAGGCGAGCUCAAGCGUUUGAAGGGGAUCUCGCCGGAGGACAUCUGGCUUGCUGAACUCGAUGCCCUCGAAACGAAACUUGGGACUGUGAUUGAAUCAUAA